UUGCAGCGCAAGCACCUCCUGCAAAUAGGAGGAAAGUCGCUGCGCGAGGUGGCAUCGAAUGCCAUGAAGGCUGUAAUGGCGCACCCCGUCCAAGUGCUUUACAGCCUUCAUGGCAGGAAGGGGAAGAGGGCUUUCAUAAAUUUGAAGUUAUGCCGAAUAGUCACAGAUGUCAUCUGUGCAAAAGGGGGGCCGACCUGACAGAAGCUCUGGGCUUCAUUAAGAGGUGGUUGCCAGGGUCUGUGGAAAGGGGUGGUGGCAGGAAGAGGCGUUUCGCAGAAACGUUGUCAGCAGAGCAGCCCGAUGAUCCUUCCCUUCGGGGCAGGGAUCAUUGCCUGCCCACUGCUGCCCUCUCCCUGCCCCACCCUUGGCCUCAGGGCCCUGGCCAGUCCACCGUCGGCCCCUCCUGUCCGGCUGCCCAUGCUCCUUCCCCUGCUGCAGCCCCUGCUCCUGCCGCUCCUCCUGCCCCUCCUCCUGCUCCUGCCCUUGCCCUUGCUCCUGCUGCUCCCCCUGCCACUCCUGAUGCCUGCAUCGAUUGA